UAUUGCUUACAGAAAAAAGUGAAACUGUCUCUUUGAAGUAUGAUAAAAUAACAGAGAACUGUGUUGUAGCUAUACAUAAAGGAUGAUCUCCCUUAUGCAUAGCUACAAACAAAAACACUUCCUUCUUCACCUGUAAACAAAAUUGCGUCCAACAUGGAGUUUUCUCUUGCAGCAAAAGAAUCAGAUACGAUAUGGGACUUAACUUGUUCGGCUUGCAAGGAGCUAGAGGCUCAGUGUCAUUGUGAGGAAUGUUGCAAGGGUUUCUGCGACAGCUGUGUAAAACUGCACAAUCAACUUUACAAGACCCACACUGUGUUUGGCAGAGAACAAAUGGAUAAAUGGCCGCUUGCCAAGUCAACUUUAGACAGUCUGGAGCAGUGUGGAGAGCAUAUCGACGAGAAAAUAAAACUGUUCUGUGAUGACCAUAGUCAACUUUGUUGUCACAUUUGCGUGGCACUUCAUCACAGAUCAUGCAGUAACGUCAGCCUUAUAGAGGAGGCAAACAAAUAUUCAAUUGCAGACGUCCAUCAUCUGUCAUCAAACAUUCAGAAAAUACAAGAAGAAUUGAAGAACCUGAAAAACAAAUCAGAAUGCAAUCUUCUGUCGCUUGAGAUGAAAUACCAGCAAAUUAAGGAAGAGAUCGACACAAUGAGACAGAAAAUAAAUAAAGAAUUAGAUCGGCUAGAAAGAGCAACAAUGCAAGAAGUGGAAAAAUUGAUUGCUAAAUCUAAAAUAUCUCUUACUAAAGAAAGAGAUAAGUCAGACAGCAUUCAUGAAAGUCUGCAAUGUCUCAGUAAAGUGGCAAAUGAAGUUUGCAACAAGAGUAGUAAACUUCUUUUUAUAGCUUUAGAAAAAAGUCAAAAACAGAUCAAGGACUCUGAGUUAUUUCUAAAAGAGUCGAAAGUAACACAUGAAUAUGGUAUGGAAUUUGUACCCAGUAACGACAUUGAGAGGUAUUUAUUCAAAUGUGCAGGACUGGGGAGAGUUUGCAAGCCGAAUGGUGUUAUUUCGCUGCAUAAAAAGUCAGAAUAUAGCGUUAAAAUGUCGACUGAUAGGUUUACAUGCCAUACAUAUGCAAUAUGUGAGCUUCCUACUGGCGAGACACUUUUACUGGACUAUAAUAACGAUAAAGUCAAACUGUUAGACAAGAAUUAUCAGUGUUUGAGCAAUUGCGAAGUUCUUAAAUUUUCAUAUGACAUGUGUCUGAUAUCUGCAAGUGAGGUGGUUGUUACAACAAAUGAGACAAGCGGUAUUGCCGGUUUACACGUUCUACAGGUGAUAACUGUCAGGAAUGACAGGUUGGAGAAGGGAUGGAUGCUUCAGCUUCCACAUAGGUGUUUUGGUGUUGCCCAUCAUGAGGGUGAUCUGUACGUAACUUCCGGUAAUGCUCUUUAUCAGUACACUCUGACUGGAACAAUAGUAAAGAAACUGUUCGAGGACACAACGAGUUCUAAUACAGUGUACAAAUGUGCUGUAAACUUCAUGGGUGACCAGAUCUACGUCACCAACAAUAACAAACACACACUUCUCACACUUGCCAUGGAUGGAAAAGUUAUCUCCACCUUUUCUGACAUUGAUCUAAAAGGCCCACGGGGUGUUCAUGUGACAGCUGGUGGACAAGUGCUCGUUUGUGGCCAUGGAUCAAAUAAUAUUAUACAGGUGGACAGCGAGGGAAAGAAGAAGCUGGUCACACUGAGAAGGACGGAGUGAAAAUGCCAUGUUCAGUCACCUACAGCUGCAUCACUGAUUCAGUUAUAGUGGGUUUUGAAAGCAAUGAUAACGUCAUGGUUUUUAACGUGCCAUAGGCAGCGACAAAAUAAGUCAUAAAAUAGAACCAAAUACAAAAUCAUCUAAUGAUACUUACCAUAGUUAAGUUGAUUUUCAAUUCAAAACAACAUGUAGUUCGUUAAUAACAUGUAUUGCUGUAAUGUUAAUGUCCAAUGGUCAUGUGAAAACCAAAAGACUUGCACAAAUAAUUUAUACAAAUGAUGUUUAAAUACAUUUAAUGCAAGGAUUAAAGAUACAAAUAUGUAUAUACAAUUGUAUAAGUCAACGUUCGAAACAGAAAUAUUUGAGAUACAUUCGAAUGUGAACUGAGCCGAGUCGUUUGUAUUUAAAACUGUUUAGCGGAAUCAUUUACGUAUACGGCUGCAUGCUGUCAUUCCUAUCUUUAUUUUCGAACUUUAUUAUUGUUUUUUAUAUUAGAUAACGUUAUUUGCUUAUUGUUUUAAAUUGAGUACUUUAAUUGAUUCAUGUUUUCAUUUACGUACUUAACUUGAGUCUUGUGUCCAUGUAUGUACUUUGUUUGAUUCUUGAUGUUUUACCAUCUUGGUUUGAAACAAUAUCUUUUUGUUUAAAUCGAGCAUACAUCGACCAUUAAUAACUGUAUAUUAUAACAGGUAAAAAUAUGUUGCUCAUGUAUAUAUCUCAUCAUAGCAUUUAUUAAAAUGGCUAUUAUUGUCCUAAUUAAUAUUGUCAAACUAACCCAACGCUUAUAAUAAUAAUCUAGUAAAAUCUGUUAAAACCUACAUUUGCUAGGACUACCAGAUAACAGACGUUGUGAAAACGUUGCGAAAGUAUAAACGUAAUGAAGGAUAUACCACUCACUUACAUAAUACACCAUACAACAAUAACAAACACGAUAACAUGUAAAAGGAAUUAAUAUUUUGGAAAUAAAAUUGUCAUUUAAUAUGAGUUCAUAUAACGGUUUAAGUGUUAUUGCUUAAAGCCCUAACACUUUCUGACAGGGCAAACUAAUAUAAGUCAUGACUUAGUCGAAACCCGUGCUGGAUGCGAAUACAACAAGUAGUAUAAAUGUAAUAAUAACUCCAAAGAAUGACGAUUGUUUUAUGAUUGCAUUCAUACCAUGAUAUUUAAACUGUUUUAGUAUUGGGUGACAAAUAAAUGAAUGAACCAA